AUGCCAGCGCUGUCUAGCUCGCCUCGGAUGACUCACUUUGGGAAAGCUUCGGGAGUCACGGUGUCGGAUGCAUGUAAAACUACUUACGAAGAAAUUAAGAAAGAUAAAAAACAUCGCUAUGUUGUAUUUUUCAUCAGGGAUGAGAAGCAAAUAGACGUUGAAUUUGUUGGCUCUCGAGAUGCAGCCUACGAUCAAUUUUUGGAAGACCUUCAAAAAGGUGGCACUGGUGAAUGCCGUUACGGUCUCUUCGACUUCGAGUAUACACACCAGUGUCAGGGCACUUCCGAGGCGACAGACUUAUCAGAGGCAUCGCAGGAGGCUGUUGAAGAAAAAUUACGUGCAACGGACAGACAGUAA